CUACAUACAUACUUUCCUGUGUUUUUAUAACUUUGGUCUGAUUGUUAAAUUUAUAAACACCGUAAGCGACAUAAACGUCAUCCUAGAAAAAUACAGAACGAAAAUGGCAAGUACAGCUGGAUUUUUACCACAAGAAGUCUUCAAGUUUGACCAUUUGGAGACCCGUGUACAGAAACACCUGAAGAAGGUUUAUGGCACCCUCUCCAUUUCCAUGUUUGCUGCAGCAGCAGGAGCCUAUGUUCAUCUCUUCACUGGUUUGAUGAGUGCUGGGUUAUUGACAGCACUUGGUUCAAUUGGUUUGAUGAUCUGGUUAGCUGCCACCAGCCACACGAAGGAGAAUGAGCAGAAGAGACUCGGCAUCUUUAUUGGCUUCACAUUCCUGUCUGGGGUGUCUCUCGGACCUCUUCUGGACAUGGUGAUCAGGAUUGAUCCAAGCAUAAUUACCACAGCUUUGUUGGGAACAUGUCUUAUAUUCAUCAGUUUCUCAUUGGCUGCCCUCUACAACACAAACAGGACCUAUCUCUACCUUGGAGGUAUGCUGUUGUCAGCCCUGUCCUGGAUGUGCAUGCUGUCAUUGAUGAACAUAUUCUUUCAGUCAAAAAUGAUCUAUGAUUUGAACCUGUAUGGAGGCCUUGUUAUUUUCUGCGGCUUUGUGCUGUACGACACCCAGCUCAUUAUUGAGAAGGCAAGACGUGGAGAUGAUGACUACAUCUGGCAAAGUGUGGAUUUGUUUAUUGACUUCAUUCAAAUCUUCCGUCGCCUUCUCAUCAUCCUCGCUAGCAAGGAGGACAGCAAGAAAAAGAGGAAAGAUUAGGCAGAGAAACAGAGUUUUAAUGUGGGAUGCAUAAAGAGAAAAUUGAUACCAUCUGUUUUUGUACUAUGAAUCAAACAGUUCUUCAAUUUGGACGUCCAGUUUGAUUAUUAAUGUAGUUGAAUACGUCAGUGACAUUUUUGGUGCAAUUAUGUUAUGCUGGAAAAGUGUCAUAGUAUUUUUUUUUGUGUGCCUAAAAAUCUAUUAAUGAUUUUAUAAAGUCCCAUAUUGUAUAAUAAAUAUUGAAUAUAAUUCAUAUUCAGAAA